CUUUUACUGUCUUACCUCUGCACAUCAGAAACUUAACAUAUCUAAAAGGAUUAUACAGAUGUAAAGAAUCAGAUGGCAUUUGAGAUUUCUGUGUCACAAUAAAGAAAUGUCUUCAUGUACGAACUCCGUGUCCUUAUUGUCCUGAAAACGUCCAAGAUGCAGUCGGUAAAAACAGACGGUCAUUCAUUCACACGGUUAUACUGCAGCACCAGGAGAGAGCAGAGAUAUCCACAGACGCAUGUCCACCUCUGUGGCACUAGGGGGCGAUGUUCCUCCGUCACUGUUGGACCUUCUGCCGGCUGACCUCCAUCACCUACAAAAACAAUCGACAAACAGGCUGACCAGAGAUCAGAGAGAGUCCAGAAUACACCAACUAAAGAUAGAGAUGGAGUUCGACUCCAGAGAGUGACCCCAACUCUACGAGAAAAGAGCGAGAUGAUUGGCCGAGUUUUAAUUGACAGUUUAAUGAGUCAUGAAAUAAAAACAAACAUUUCCUCUGACUAAAGAUUGAAAAUGAGGAAAUAAUGAUGAGGAAAAACCUCUGAGGUGAGUUAUGAAACCUCUCUGAGGUCCAGCAGGGACCCUCUUACUGUGGUUCCUCUGUUCACUUGACCACCGUCACCAUGGAAACGUCUCUUUUCUCCUCUACGACAACAACACUGUCCGUCCUAAAGGGGCGGGGCCUCUGACGCCUGUUUUGUCUCCUUUAGGACGGGCUCUUUAUGUAAGGCCCCUGACUCCGGCUCCUGUUAUGUCACUGCUGCUAAACCGGACACCUUCUCAGAGCAGAUGGUUCAGGACCAGGCCAGUUCCAGCCAGAUCUGAGCUCCUGCUCCUCUCUGCUCCUCUCUGCUCCUCUCUGCUCUGCUGUCAGUCUUCUUCAGAAAGUGAGGAGGAGGAGGAGAUGUUUGAGGAAAGACAAAAAUAAACGAAGUAAACAGAGAAACUCUUCAGAGUCAGCUGGAAGGAUCGGAGUCAGGCUGUUUUUUUUCAGUAUUAUUGAACAUGGAGCAGCUGCUCAUUUAAGACGAAUCAAGACUCUGCAGAAAAAAAAGAAUGAAAAGAAAAAAAAAUUCAAAGUCCGGCCGACAAAGAUACAUAAAUUAUAAAUGAAGACAUGAGGAUCAAAUAUUCAGUUCUGUUAAUAGAGAGGAUCUCAGAGUUUCGUUGGUCCAGUUCAUGUUUUAAAAUAUCUUUUCAUUAUUUAACUUUUGGAUAUUCAGUUUCUUUUUAGACUGUUUACAUUUAUGUUUUUUUAAAUCUUCCAAAGUGAAAAGAUUUAACGAUAAUAAUAAUUUAACUUCAGUCCAUGUUCUUUUGUUCUAAAUAAAUAAUAUCUCUCUCUUUUGCAGGUUUUACAUCCAAACAACAUUUCAAAUAAAUUUUCAACCUCAAUCCAAUAAAAUUGAACAUGAAAACAGUCAAAAAAUAAAUGUACAAUUGUUUUUUUUUCACGGUUAUAAAACACAGAAGAGUCUGAGAGGUCGGGUCGAUGUUCUUUAAGAAAGUUGGAAAGAUUUAAUUUAUCAUUUUGAAAUAAACUUCAGUCACUUUAUUGUUGAGCAAAUAUUUUUUACCCUUUUCUAAAAAAUUCCAUUAAAAAGACCAAAAACUUUUGGCACCAGAAUCAGAAAAACACUGAGAUAGUUCUAAAACAGUCGGACCUUAGUCAGGUGGUCAUCACCUGCUGCAGAGACCCUCAGACCCUCAGACCCUCAGACCCUCAGACCCUCACACCCUCAGACCCUCAGACCCCCAGACCCU